AUGAGCACACCGACAGAUUAUGGAGACGUCGACCACUGGAUACAGGUCCUUAUGUCCUGUAAACAAUUGUCCGAAGCUGACGUCAAGAAGCUUUGCGAGAAGGCGCGCGAGGUGUUGAUGGAAGAGUCCAACGUGCAACCCGUUCGUUGCCCCGUAACGGUCUGUGGUGACAUUCACGGUCAAUUCCACGACCUGAUGGAAUUGUUCCGUAUCGGUGGCAACUCCCCGGACACCAACUACCUCUUCAUGGGAGAUUACGUGGACCGUGGUUACUACUCCGUCGAGACUGUCACACUACUCGUCGCUCUGAAAGUACGACACCGCGACCGUGUUACGAUUUUGCGUGGAAACCACGAGUCAAGACAGAUUACGCAAGUGUACGGAUUUUACGAUGAAUGUCUCCGGAAAUACGGCAAUGCCAAUGUGUGGAAGUAUUUCACGGAUCUGUUCGACUACUUGCCUUUGACGGCUCUCAUUGCAGACCAGAUCUUCUGUCUUCACGGCGGUCUGUCGCCAUCCAUCGACACUCUUGAUCACAUCCGCGCUUUGGACCGUAUUCAAGAAGUUCCUCACGAGGGUCCCAUGUGUGAUCUGCUGUGGUCCGACCCGGAUGACCGAUGCGGAUGGGGUAUUUCCCCACGUGGUGCCGGAUACACCUUCGGUCAAGACAUCUCCGAAGCAUUCAACCGCAACAACGGACUUAACUUAAUUUCUCGGGCGCACCAGCUUGUCAUGGAGGGUUAUAACUGGAGUCAAGACAAAAACGUCGUGACAAUCUUCAGUGCGCCAAAUUACUGCUACAGAUGCGGAAACCAAGCAGCCAUCAUGGAGAUAGACGAGCAUUUGAAGUACACCUUCUUGCAAUUCGACCCGGCGCCAAGGCGCGGCGAACCCCACGUCACUCGUCGCACACCAGACUACUUCCUGUAA